UGGAAGUCAUGGGUGAACAAUUUCCUGUUCCUCGUCACCCAGGUGUACAACAUUUUUUUUUAAAUAUCAAUGGGAAUAUACUUCAAAUAUAUUUUUCUCAUAUGAAUUCAUAGGGGUUUCAGUAUUUGUUGUACACCUAUAUUUAACAAAGAUAUUUUUUAUAAACCCGUGCUGUGUUUGCAAUAUAUAUAUAUAUAUAUAUAUAUAUAUACACUCUUGACAUUUCUCUUAAUUCAUAACCACAGGAUACUGAAAUUAGGACAAACACAAAGCACUUUUAUUUUUUAUAUGUACAGUUUAUAUGUGUUUUACUAAUGACACUUUCCGCUAAGGAAGUGUGUUGCAUGCCACAGUGCAUGGUGUCUUCCUAAUUAUAAUGUGGGCACAGACUGGCAGGUUGUUUGACGUUUUGUUCCCCUAGUUAUUUGCCUAUGGCUGUAGAAUAAAAAUGCAGUGUGGGGCAAAGAGUUCCUAAGUCCAUUUGCAUCAGUACUGCCAAUAUGUCAAACUCCUCAGUUUGUUGUGCUUUUGAGUCCCCCACUUUAAAGCAGGUCCUCCCCCCUGUACUGUUUAUAGAAUUCAUUUUUGGCCUCACAGGGAAUGUUAUGGCCCUUGCCAUGUUUGCUUUACACAUGGAGAGCUGGAAGCCUAACUCCAUCUACCUGGCACAUCUGGCUGUGGCCGACUCAGUGGUGCUGUUCUGCCUGCUAUUCAGAGCCGACUACUACCGCAGGGGCCAGGACUGGAUCUUUGGAGAUGCCUUCUGCCGCAUCCUGCUCUUCCUCCUUGCAGCCAACAGGGCCGCUGGCAUCUUCUUCCUCACUGCUGUGGCUGUCGACCGUUACCUGAAAAUUGUGCAUCCACUUCAUCGCAUAAAUCGGAUGAACCUGAGCUACGCCAUGUGGGUCUCUGCAGGCUUAUGGGCAGUUAUUAUAGCCAUGACAGCCUACUUGCUGGGCUCACCACACUUUUUCAUCGUCGGCAGCCACAUCCAGUGUGAGAGCUUCAAUAUAUGCUUGGACAACAGUCCGCUUUCAAUAUGGCACAACACCUUUUAUGUGAUCCAGUUCUGCGUUCCAGGCAGCAUCAUCAUCUACUGCACAGCGUGUAUUACAUGGCAGCUGAAAACCAAGACAAUGGACACCACAGGCAAAAUCAAGAGGGCCGUCCAGUUCAUUUUCGUUGUUGCCAUGGUGUUCCUCGUCAGCUUCUUUCCAAGCACUGCCUCACGGGUCGCUGUUUGGAUCCUGAAGGCCUGGUACCAGGAGUGUUCAUACUUCAGUGAGGCAAAUCUGGCAUUUUAUACUUCAGUCUGCUUCACCUAUUUAAAUAGUAUGCUAAAUCCUCUGGUUUACUACUUUUCCACUCCCGCAUUCAGUGGUAUCAUCCAGAAAUUUUUCAGGAGACUUACAGGGCAAAAAGAAGAGGUGACUUCAGGGAACACAAGUGUGUCUACAGUAACAAGUGAAUAA